AUGGGAGAAGUUGAUCCAGGCUUUGUCCAAGCCAUUGAUCAGAGGCCAAAGCUCAAACCCGCCAUCCCAGUUGAUGAUGAGAUCCCCGUAAUAGACCUCUCAGUUUUAAGCAGCAGUCAUGGUGAUACCAAACAACUUGUCUCAGAAAUAGGCCAUGCUUGCCAAAAGUGGGGAUUUUUCCAGGUUGUCAACCAUGGGGUGCCGUUGGAAUUGUUUCAGAGAAUGGAGGAGGUUGGUAAGAGAUUCUUUGAGUUACCACUUGAAGAAAAGAAGAAGGUGAAGAGAGACAUGGUGAAUGCAUUGGGGUACCAUGAUGGUGAGCACACCAAGAAUGUUAGGGAUUGGAAGGAAGUGUUUGAUUUCUUGGUGGAAGAUAUGACUAUGGUCCCAGCAUCACAUGAGCCUGAUGAUAAGGAGUUGAGGAUAUUGACUAAUCAGUGGCCUCAAUACCCUCCUGAGUUCAGAGAGGUUUGCCAGGAGUAUGCUAGAGCAGUGGAGAAGCUAGCUUAUAAGUUGUUAGGAUUAAUUGCUUUGAGUUUAGAUCAGCCAGAAAACAAGUUCAAUGACUUCUUUAAAGAUCACCAAACGAGCUUGAUCAGAUUCAAUCACUAUCCUCCAUGCCCUGUUCCUCACUUAGCUCUAGGUGUUGGCCGGCACAAGGAUGCCGGUGCCUUAACUGUCCUUGCCCAAGAUGAUGUUGGAGGACUGCAAGUUAGACGGAAAUCAGAUGGAGAAUGGAUUCCGGUUACACCCACCCCAAAUGCCUAUAUCAUUAAUGUUGGUGACAUGGUUCAGGUUUGGAGCAAUGACAAAUACGAGAGUGUGGAGCACAGAGUAGUGGUGAAUUCAGAGAGAGAAAGGUUUUCGAUUCCAUUCUUCUUCUUCCCAGCUCACAAUGUGAUGGUGAAACCCUUGGAGGAGCUAUUAAAUGAUGAGAACCCUGCCAAAUACAGGGAAUACAACUGGGGAAAGUUUUUCGCUACCAGAAACCGCAGUGAUUUCAAGAAACUUGAUGUGGAGAAUAUCCAAAUUCAUCAUUUCAGGUUACCACAGUAGAUGAUGGGUUGAAAUGUCAGCCAUGGCUUGGUAUAUAAGAGUUCUUUCGCUUAUUGUGAUUACUGUGGUAUGUAAUCAGGUCACAGGCUUUGAAAUUUUCUUUAAUAAAACCUUCUUUUACUUUUGCUUCUA